CGAAGGUUGGAGCGGCCGAGCGCGAGGCGAGAGGUUGCCGGGCAAGGGAGAGAGAGAGAGGGCGGGAGCGAGCGCGAGCCUUGCUGUCGAGGAGUCGCCCCCCGCCCCCUUUUAGCGGCGGCGCGCGUGCGCGUGGCGUUAGCAACGCAGUGGCGUCCCUCCCGUUGCAAAGCCGAGGGGCGGCGCGCGCGCUCACCUGGAGGCGUUGCUGAGCCUUGGCCCGCAGGAGACGGCGAGAGCGCGCGCACGCGGGGGACCCCAGGGUGCCCCCCCUAAUUGAAGAACAAGGCAGGAGGGAGGGUUGCUCUGCUUUUAGUAGCGGGAGGAAGAGGGUACACUGCGGGGGGCGGGGGCGGGGAGAGUGUGUGUAUGUGUGUGUGUGACCGAUUUGGGGAGAGGGGUCCCAGUUUAUCAGAGGGGCUCCCUCUGAGCAGACUGACUUUUAAAGUAAGAGAAGGGGAGUCUUACCUGAGAGGUAACCCCUUACCUGAAAAGAACCCCCUUACCUGUAAGGUGACAUACUAUUUUUAGGUGUCCCCUUUUGAGCUCUUUUAAAGCUUUGAGGUGUCUGCUCUAAGGGUUGUGUUGUUUUUUUUUUAAAAAAGGUCUCAUAUGCAGAUGAUUCUGUAGCAGUUGGACUUAUCUGUUUGGGACUCUGGCUUUUGGGGGGUGGGAAGGGGGGGAGGCAGGCAGAUCCCCUUUCCCACCCACUAAAGUUAGAAACAAAUCUCUUCUCUUCUGGGGGCUCCUUAAAGGAAGAGAGGGUUUUGCAGGGGUCUUUCUAGGGCUGCCUCGUGAAGGGCAUGAAAAAAGGCUUGCAAAGGGAUCCAUAGGAUCUCUCCAGCGGUACCACUUUCUCUGGUCUGGGUCCGGCAGGCUUUGGCAAGUGGGCCUAAACUUUGGAGACUAAAGUCUGUAGUUACCCUGUUAGGAAGGCAGGCGAGCCCUGUGAAUGCACUCAUCUGACUUCCUCCCGCCCUGCGUUUGCUGCUGCUGCUGCUGUUUAUUGACCUUACACCAGGGAAAUGUCAGAGCUGAGGAAGCGAGGAGCUAAGGGAGACCAUGAAGUUGAAUGCAUCACUGACAAGAAAGAACUGCCUGCCUACGGGGGGGAUCAACCUCUAAAAGAAAAGGAGACACAUGAACUUGAUCCUGGAGAGAAGAGAGAGGAGGUUGUCCAGAACGGCGAUGAAGCCGCGUCGGGAGAUGAAACUGAACAGGCAGGAGAAGAGGAUGCAGAGAGACAGGUCUGUGGAACAAGAGGGGGUAACUGGGAUGUGGGCGGAGAGAAUAGGUUCGGAGAGCUUGACCUCAGAAGCGAUGCAGAUGUUCCUGAGGUGCUUCCACCAAGAGACAAGACUCCCGAAAUUUUUAAAAAGGCGUUAUCUGGUUUGUCUUCCAGAUGGAAGAAUUGGUGGAUUCGUGGGAUUUUAACUUUAGCUAUGAUUUCGUGUUUUUCCCUGAUCAUAUACAUGGGAUCAUUCAUGCUAAUGCUGCUGGUCCUGAGCAUCCAAGUGAAGUGCUUCCAUGAAAUUAUUACAAUAGGCUACAGAGUCUAUCAUUCUUACGAUUUGCCAUGGUUUAGAACUUUAAGCUGGUAUUUCUUGCUCUGCGUGAACUAUUUCUUUUACGGAGAGACCAUAGCAGAUUACUUUGCUACAUUUGUUCAAAGGCGAGAACAGCUUCAGUUCCUAUUUCGAUACCACCGAUUUAUAUCUUUCACUCUCUAUCUAACAGGUUUCUGCUUCUUUGUGCUGAGUUUGGUGAAGAAGCAGUAUCGCCUGCAGUUCUAUAUGUUCGCAUGGACUCAUGUCACUUUGCUGAUCACUGUAACUCAAUCCCAUCUUGUCAUCCAAAAUCUGUUUGAAGGCAUGAUCUGGUUUCUUGUUCCAAUCUCAAGUGUCAUUUGUAACGAUAUUGCUGCUUACAUCUUUGGAUUUUUCUUUGGGAGAACACCUUUGAUUAAGCUCUCCCCCAAAAAGACAUGGGAAGGCUUCAUCGGUGGCUUCUUCACCACGGUUGUGUUCGGAUUCAUUGUUUCUUACCUUUUGGCUCAAUAUCAGUAUUUCGUAUGUCCUGUGGAAUACAGCAGUGAGACUAACUGGUUUGUCACCGAGUGCGAACCUCCGGAACUGUUCCAGCUACAGAAAUACACCAUUCCACCAUUACUACAGGUUAUGUUGGGCAGGGAAACUGUGAACCUGUAUCCAUUCCAAUUGCACAGCAUUGCGUUGUCCACAUUUGCCUCCUUAAUCGGGCCUUUCGGAGGCUUUUUUGCCAGUGGCUUCAAAAGAGCUUUCAAAAUCAAGGAUUUUGCAGACACUAUCCCUGGCCAUGGAGGAAUCAUGGAUCGCUUUGACUGUCAGUACUUGAUGGCUACUUUUGUACAUGUCUACAUCACCAGUUUCGUAAGAGGCCCCAACCCCAGCAAGCUGUUGAAACAGCUGUUGGUCCUCCAACCAGAACAGCAGUUGAACAUCUACAAAACACUGAAGUCGCACCUCAUUGAAAAGGGGAUCCUUCAGCCGUCACUGCAGGGAUAGGGGACCAAACUGAGGACUGCGAAGAAGAGCACAGCUGGAAGAGCAGGUUUUUCUCGUGCAUUGCCCCACGCGUUGGGACUGAAGCCAGGCUCUGAGUCAGGCGAUGCGAAUGUCUAUUACUGAGACUACUGUGAAUAACCAGGAGGCCGUGCAAGAUUUGAAAGUCCUUUUUUUUUAACAACUGCAUGUUUUUGUGCGCAUUCUUUCCCCUCCCUCCCUCAGUUUCGACACAAAGCGGCCGAUCUCUGUUUUCCGCUUCUCGGUUUUUUUAAAAAAACAGUUCCAUAUGGCGCACUCCCGCACAAACGAAAGAAAUCCUGGGGGAUUGCACAAUUCAUAUAAAUUCAUGUUAUUUAAAUGCUACUAUCAACUCCGGCUCGGUUAACGGCGCUGCGUAGUACCGCAUUGGUCGUCAUUGCGGUUUUAGGUGACAGAAUAACUGAACUUCAACCAAACGGUGGGUGGGUGCCGCUUCCGUCCAGCGGUGUGUCACUUGUAGAAAAUAGGAACGAAAGCUUGCAGUGAGGCUCUUGCCUGCACUGGAUUCCUAGGUUACUUUUAUUUCUGGUAGUGGGCAUAGAGUCAGUCCGAAAGGGAAAUGCCUUUGGGGAGGUUGCCGGGAUCUUCCUGGUCAAAUCUGAACAGCCAGUUGAAGCACAGGCCUUUUCCUUUACCCGCAUGUUCUGUUUGGCAACUUCUCGACUCCGGGGAUCAAGCAGCCCUCUGAAAUGAGCCUUGGUUACUUGUGCCUCUGCGUGCGGCUGCACUGGUUGCAAAUAACUUCCCCUUCUUUGCAGUACAAGCACAAUACAAGUGCUAACUCAGCAAUAUGUAGAUUAUCUAGGAGGGCCUGUGCCGGCCUUACCAGCGGUGAGGAGGAGAGGUCAGUUGCGAGAUGGAUAUGGGUACUACUUCUACUACCAGCUUGGUCUGGAGGGCGAUGGGCCAACGUCACGGAACAUCUGCACCACCUCUGGACAAACUGAAUGUUAUCUGAGCUCCGUGAGUUCUGUGUGACGGGUGACGGUUGCGAUGCUUGUGGCUUGAGUUGCUUCCCCAUUGUUUUUAUGCAGUUUUUUCUUUUUAUCACGUCAUGAAUCAAAAUACUUUUUUAAAAAAUCUAAUAAAAACUAUGAACUUAAAGCACACACACGCCAAAAAAAUUGUGGUUCAGUAGCGACAAUGUAGGAUGAAGGAUGCAGGCUUUGGGGACGCUUCUCCUAAACAGGCUUUGGAGAAAGGAAGGCGAGAAUGCCAUAUGUUCAAUGCAAGCUGGCUUUCGUUGGCUCCGAGCAUUUGAGCGUAAGGUUUUCUGAAGGCGCCUCUUUUGGUCUGCUUGAUGAAAAUGGAGAGAUGAACCUUGCACUUGACUAGGAGGACUGUCUGUUGACAUCAUUCUGGCUGAUACAGUUGCUGUGGUUGUGUUUUAAGUCCAACUAUGUGGUGGACCUGUUGUGAGAGGGUUGGACAUACCAGGCCAUAGCCCACUUACCGUGGAACCUGUAGUAAGCAGGCAAGCACAUUGCCAGUCUCCAAUACAAAGGCCCCUUCUAAUAUUACACCAGCAGUAGUUGGAGCAAAGCCUGUGGUUAUCUUUCCUGUGCCCCUCUAGGAAUGAUGGAGGUUGACAGACAGGAAAGUUGGCUAAUAUGGCUCUUUCCCUCACAAGCAGUGAUUAUCUCAGAAGCUGGGCUAGCCCUGAGAUGGGAAAGGAGCCAUGCCAUACAGGCUUCUGUUCCAUGACCUAGAUCUUCUGCCUUUUGGUGGGGGGCAAGGCGCAGGCCCUCUCGCAGGACUGUGGUGACCCAAGAUGGGAUUCUGAUCCUUUUUUUUUCAUGUCCCCAUCAUAAAUUCUGCUGCUUCCCUUUGGAUUCUCUUACGAAAUUCUCUUGCAGAACGGACUUUGUGGCCACGCUGCAAGAAUCUUGCAUGCUGUAAAGGUUUCCACAAGCCGGAUUUCUUCAGCUGACUCAUUUCUCUGGGAUCCCAGCAAGCAGUGGUUGCAAAAGUCCAUUACAAUAGCGGCGUUACAAAAUUAGGACAUUCUCCCCCAAUGUGUAAAGCUUCCCUUUUUUUUGCCUUCAGUAUUACCUGGGUGGAUGGGCUACUGAGCAGACUGGCACAAUCAAUCUCCACCACCACCACCUAGUCUUCUACUGAAGGUUUCUCUGUGAUGAACGACAUUAGAUAUCUAAGGGUAUUGAUUGUACACUGUCAUACUGAACCAAGAGAUCUAAGCAUGACCGUUAAGCUGUAACCAAGGAAAAGUGGACCUGAAAAAGCAGAGUAGUCAAGGGAAAGAUGCUAAGCAACGGAUUCGAGCACAAAAGCAUCCAUAGGAAUACUUGCACUGAAAUUAGUUGUCACUUUGGGAGUUAGGACAUAGGCUCUUGUUAGAAAUUAUUCUGCCUGAUUACUUAUUCCGUCCCGAAGGUGGUACCAUUUGAAAUGUUAAAGCUUAAUUUAAAUGUAAAAUUGUACCUUUUGGAUUAUUUUUGGUGUAAUUUUUUAAUAGGAUUUGUAUUAAAAGAUAAGACUAUUUAAGCCAUUGAAUGCAGGAGAAGAGCUGAGUCGAUCAGCUCCGUUUGCACUAAUAAGGGACACUACUAUAAAACGUUGCUACUUGUUAAAACAUAAAUGUUUCCUGGAGUCUUUGUAUGUGUGCUUCCCACUCCUGGAUGUGCGUAUGUCGGAUGCCACUGAACAGUGCCUCCCACGUAUUUGGAACUGCUAGCCAAGCUUGUUUCUACUGGCAGAGACCACACCCUUCAAGCAUGCUUCCGCGCUCCCCCAUUGUAGUAAGCAUGUCUGAAUCAGUGCUAAGGGUUAACCAUUCCCUAAUCCUGGCGUGCAACAGGCAAGCUUCACUUAAAACAAACAAAGGUGGGGUAGGUGUUUUGUUUCCCUCUCUAGGAAAGACUGAGGUUUUCACCCAAGCUAACAACAGUACAAUUUAAAGCUGGAUACUUAAAGUGAAACCGAGCGAGGUUCAAGCACAGAGGUUGCUCAGUGAAGAACACUCUACCCCACCCCCCCUCCCCUCGCCCAAAAACUUCCUCUUUUUUUUGGCAUGUUUCUUGCGCUGCCCACUAUUACCUGGUUUAACAAAAACUGUCAAAAGUUUUAUGUAUAUACUGUAAAUUUUGAACCUUGGAAAAUGUAUGUUUCAGUUGACUGUUUCAUAGAGAUGGGAGGAGGUUAAUAAAGUUUUGAUCAAAUCUUAA